AUGUCCACAGCUGGCCGUGAAAAGACUAAAAAUCCACACAACCUGUUCUUGAACCUGCACAACAGCAAUAAAGAAGCCAACGGUAGAACCAGAGAGCAUCGAGAGCAUAGACAGAACCCACCGCCAACCCAGGGGCAGUCGCCCCAACAGCCUCAUCACUACCAGCCGCCGGUGCCUCAACAGCAGCGGUCUCGCCAGCAGCAGCCACAACAGCAGAUUCCUGCUCCUCACCAGAGACAGUAUCACCAACAGUUACGACAGUUUCCUGGCCAACCUCCACUACAAAGUACAGGAAAUAAUGUGCCAGGCCUGUCUCUAAACUCUCCAGUACAUAUGGCAAAUAGCGGUGCUAACCGAGUCCACAAGCAGAGUGCUAGUAUCUCUGGUUACUACCCUGUAGCAGGAGAUGGUGCGAGUCCGGUAAUUGGACUUGAGAGUCCAAAUCAAUUCAAAGGACAGGGAUAUGUGAGUGACAGCAGUGGGGCGAGCUUUGGGGGCAGUACCGGAAGUAAUAGCCCACGCCAGUUCAGCGGAAUCGAUUCACCAACCCGAUCUAUUCCUAUGACUUCUCCUAGAUACAGAAACUUCUCUCGACCAAAUACCUUUUAUCAGACAGAAUCCAGUUCACUGGGAAACGAUGUGUUUAGCCGGGAUCCUGGGAAUCAGAGCUAUUUCCAGAAUCUGCCUACUCCUCCAUUAGGAGGAACUAAUACAGCAACAGAGACAACGGUAUCUUCCAAUAGCAAGCCGACAACUGGCAGUAAUACUCGUUCGUUUUCGAUUAGAAAGGUAUCUCAAGAUGGAGGUGAUCCAUCUUUUAAUGAACCCGUCGAGAGGAUGCCACCAAUGCCAGGAACCAAUGCGGGUCCUCAAGGACAAUCGCAAAGUAACUGGAGCUCACAUCUACAAACUAACCCAAUAACAACCACAACUAAUACUUCCAACACCAGCAUGCCUCCACCAGCUACUAACUCGACUCGCAACUUCCAAAAUAAUAGCAACAAUACUGAUCAUGUUUACGACUCUAAUGAACCAUCUUCUAGCAACAACUCCAAUAAUAAUAAUCAUAAUAAUGGCGCAUUACCAGACACCAACUCCAACAAUAGAGUUUACACUACUAAUAGUGUAUACGGUGCAAAUUCAAGUUUAUCAGCCCUCAACACUAGUGGUCUGCCCAAUAACAAUUCCACCUCUUCUAUUACCUCGCCAAUAUCACCGUCGAAACCAGCGCGAUCGAAAACUUGUAGAAAGUGUGGGGAUCCGAUCUCGGGCCAGUUUGUACGUGCUUUGGAUGCUGCGUAUCACAUUGAAUGUUUUACGUGUGCGGACUGUAAUGACCAAUGUUCGUCCAAAUUCUUUCCUACUGAUAAUCCCGAUUACGACCCCACGGCGCCAUCAAAUGUUCCUGCUCAUAUCCCGUUAUGCGAGACGUGUUACUUCAAACGUUUAGAUCUGUUGUGUUAUGCGUGUAAUGGAGCCCUACGAGGGUCAUAUAUUACGGCGCUGGGAAGAAAGUACCAUGUAGACCAUUUCACGUGCUCCAUGUGUGACACUGUGUUUGGUCCGGAAGAUAGUUAUUAUGAGCAUGGCGACUCCAUUUACUGUCAUUUCCAUUAUUCUACGUUAUAUGCAUCCAAGUGUGAAGGCUGUCAAACUGCUAUUUUGAAGCAAUUUGUUGAGAUAUAUAGAGGUGGCCGCGAACAGCAAUGGCACCCGGAGUGUUAUAUGAUUUUCAAAUUUUGGAACGUAAAGCUGUGUCCGGAGGGCUCGAAACCCACACUAAACCCAUUACGACCUUUGUCAGUUACUGCAGCUGCUCCAUUAGAUCAGCUUAAUCAUUUACAGGUAGCACAGCAUGAAAAAGAAGUAGAUGAACGAGUGUACCGUAUUUGGACUGUACUUUGUGGUUACGAAGAAGCGACUGCCUCAUACAUUUCAGACAUGCUUCAAAGUGCAUCAAAUGGCAAAUAUAAUGAAGCACUUGUUGCGACUGCGAAUUUGGUUGCUAAAGUUGACGUGUUAUUUGGUGCAUUGGACAUGCUGAAUCUCGUGAUUGAUCCACUUAUAAAGGAGCAAGAAGACAGGAGGAAGAGAGAAGACGAAGAGGAUGAACUAGCUGUCAAUAAUACAGGAGCACACGACGAGAAUGUCAGACGGCCAAGUGUCACGUCAAUUCCAACUUUCACAGUUUUAGGAAGAGAGCCUAAGAACUUGUGUAAAAAGAUAGUCGAGUUCAUGUCAAUGGUGUCAAAAUCGAGAGAAAAGAAUGUCAAGAAAAUGGGUGUCACGCUGUUGAACCUAGUUACAAGUCUUGCUCAUUACUUGAAAGUUCUUAUUAGAUAUGGUUUGUCCAACUCUUUGUUGUACGAUCGAAGCUUUCCCAAUGGAAAUGCCGUCGAUUCGUUCUUACAACGUGUUGAGGUUCACACCAAGUCAGUCAGCGUUCUUAACAACUUAGGAGUCAGUGCUAUGACUAGUGACAGAUGUGUCCGCUGUGAAUCUUCUGUGGAGGAUGCCUGUGUUAGAUUUGGUGACAGACUAUGGCAUGUAGGCUGUUUCCUUUGUGACAAAUGUGGCCGAAAUCUCAGUGGUGAGGUAGAUACUGCUGCAUGGCAUGUUAGUGAAAAGAUGGUUAUAUGUCAAGAGUGUGGUGGUAAACAUAAUUCAGAUGAAUCUGGCAAGCUCGGUUUUGUAUAUGUCACAAGGUUACGGCAGUUUGUGUUUUUGGUGAAAAUAGCUGUUGCCCGUCUUCAGCUUGUAUUAAGUGCAUAUGAAGCUAGAGACAAAAAGGCCAAGAGGAUAAGUGGAACAGGUGAUUCAAUGUCAACACCGGCUUUGGCCCAUUACAAGGCAUCAACCAGUGCCAGUGACCGCUCGAAUCAAUCGGCAGGCUCAUCUUCCACUGCUGUCAAUGAACCAACUCAAAACGAAAAGGGUUACAUGACAACUUUGACCGAUAUUAGAAGAUUAAGAUCUGCCAAAUUGGAUCGUCAAGUGUCAGAAAUGUCACGAAGAGCGCGCCAAUCGCGAAUUCUUGCCAUGCCAGACUCUGAAUCUGCACUUGUCAAGAAUAAUAAUGAUUCUUCCAAUUCUCUGGAGGGUGGUGGUAGCACUACUAUGAACUCGCCAGACGAGCACGAGCAACAACGCCGGCCUUCGAAUUAUUCUGAAGACAAAGUCCUUGUUAACGAACGGUCAAGACCAAGCGUUAGCUCCCAGCAAGAUCCAUUCGCUAGUACAGCCACAUCAAGUACGCAUGAUGCUAGCUCUAAGUCACAGCAACAGACUUCAGAAGGUGCCACUGCAACUACUAGUGGAUCCGUUACUACUAGUACUAACGCGACUUCUGGUGCCGGUUCAGGAGCUGGAUCGAACAAGUCACUGCUUCGUAACGCGAAGCGUACAUUCAGUAUCAAAAGGCGCAAAGAGCUCAAGAUUGAAGAACUUGGUUACAAGCAAGACCCCAGUAGACUUGAUCGUACCACUGAUUUGUUUAAAAACGAAAAGACUCUUACACUUGAUGAUAUUCCGAGAAUCGUUGCUGCUGAGCAAGCGCGAGAACAGCUUCCUAAUGCGUUCCGUCACCAAGCUCGUACCACAUCCAUGACUAAUAGCGUACCGAUGCCUAAAUCAAUUGCUGAUAGCGGUGCUAAAGAUGAAACGAGGACAUAUAUGUCGGAACUUUCUAAAUCGGAGUUAUUCUACAUUCGUCAUGUUUGUGUUGUGCUACUACAGCCGCUGGUCAGCGAGUGGUUUUCACAAGACGAGCUUCUUGAUUUGAUCGAGACAAGACGACAGCAGAGUAUUUGGGGCAAGUUUGGCAAAGCAUUUGGUGGAGGUGGAGGCAACAGCAAUACUACAGCUGCCAAGAAGAAGGGAACAGGUGCCGUUUUUGGAACACCACUUGAACAGCUCGUGGAAAAGUAUGGUGUGGAUUCGACACUGGGUGUGGGUCCUAAACCCCUGCGUAUUCCAGCUUUUGUUGAUGAUUGUAUCAGCUCUAUGAGACAGAAGGACAUGUCAGUUGAAGGUAUUUUCCGUAAAAAUGGUAAUAUCCGACGUCUCAAAGAGUUCACAGAAAAAAUCGACAAGAACCCAGACAAGAGUAGCAUUCUCUCGGAAGAAAACGCAAUCCAGCUGGCAGCACUUCUCAAAAAGUUCCUCCGUGAGCUCCCAGAGCCACUCAUGACUUCGAAACUCCAAAAAUUGUGGAUCAUGACACAAAGUAAGUAUUUUCCUCUGGUGCCAUGA